AUUUUGUGCGAGGAUCAAUAAUCAUGCCUCGCAUCUAUGUUGGAAAACUUAAUUAUAAUGCUCGAGAAAAAGACCUUCAAAGAUUUUUCAAUGGCUACGGAAAGCUUAUGGAAAUUGAUCUGAAAAAUGGAUAUGGCUUUGUAGAAUUUGAGGAUAAUCGCGAUGCGGACGACGCAGUGUAUGAACUGAAUGGCAAGGAGUUGUGCGGGGAGCGUGUGACCGUGGAACAUGCCAGAGGACCGCGCCGUGACCGAGAUGGAUAUGGUGGUGGCGGGGGUGGGGGUCGCAGUAAGUGCAAUGUAUUUCAAUGUUCCCUUUGCCCUUUUCCCAAUGGGUCAAGGAGAUGUGAAUGUGGACCGUACACACACAGGCCUGUGAUCCUGAAAUGGAGUUUGACAUAACUCGCCAAUACUCAAUGAUGUCACCAUUGCCAUAGUGUCACCAAUGAGUAUGGUACAAGUUUGACCCAACUCAGAGCAGACUUCAGAUUACUGCUACUGAUUGUUUAGGUGUAGUGAAACCAUGUUUCUAGUGUUUUCUUCCUGGUGGAAUUGUGAACACCAAUAAACAACUGUAUUUAGUUAAGAAGUCACGACUUUGUCACCAUGUAGCCCAGCUGUACCGUGAAAUACCAUUACAUGUCAAUUGUCUUUGCGUUUUGAUUUCAACAUUAACAAAGUCCUUGAUGUUUCAAUUUGAAAGAGUCCAGCUGCGGGCUGAGGCUGAGUCCAUUGAGGCUAAGAUGACUGCCUGUCCCGUUUGGCCUUGGCUUUCACCUUUACAAUGUGUGUGUGACCUAUGCCUCUUGACCCUUGGCUGACCUAACCGGAAGCCUUGACGACAUCAUCCUUUUUCCAAUAGACCAGGGGUGAUGGUGAGGAUUCCCAUUGGUUUCUAUGUUGAAAGAAUAAGUGGGACGGCUUUAAGUCAACAUGUUACCGUUCGCUGUAAGCAGGCAAAAUAACUGCAUUGUCCCCAGUUUGACAACCGGUUAGGCUAUGUCAUGGGGGAAAAACUUUUGUAGAGUUAUGUCAGUUGGCACUCUUGCAAAAUGUGAUACAAGUUUUUGACAUUGACUUUGUGGAAGCCUUCAUUUGUCUUUCAGGAUUCAAGAGUUUGUAAGAAGAACAUCACUGUCCAUUUGUUUAUACUGCUAAAGAUUUGCAGUUUUUAAACAUUUGUCAGACUGGCUGUAUGUUGCUGAUAACAGAUGCAGUGGUGUUCUUUGCACAGCAAUGAACCACUUCAGAGGCUGUACAGUGAGGAGAAUAAAAAUGUACACUUUGCACAGCAAUGAACCACUUCAGAGCCUGUACAGUGAGGAGAAUAAAAAUGUACAGUCACUAAUCCAACAAAUGCCACAGCUUUAAUACCUCAGUCACUUAAUUAGGUUUGUCUUGAGACUGGGUCCAGAUGGACAUCUCACAGGACCUAUAUUAAACAUUACCACACCUUUAAUUCUGGUAGUUGCAUUCUCUGUUCAUGGUCUGAUCCACUAAGUGAAAUGCCAAUAUGCCACUCUGUUUUGCUGACAAUUUGUCUGUCCUGUCAUUUAAAGGUAGUAGUGGUUACAGCAGCAGCAGAAGCCGCACUGGCAGGGAUAAGUACGGGCCACCCGUCCGUACCGAGUACCGACUGAUCGUUGAGAAUCUGUCCAGCCGCUGCAGCUGGCAGGAUCUGAAGGAUUUCAUGCGCCAGGCUGGAGAGGUCACGUAUGCCGACGCCCACAAGGAGCGUACCAACGAGGGUGUCAUCGAGUUUGGCUCACGCUCGGACAUGAGGAGGGCCCUAGACAAGCUGGACGGCACGGACAUCAAUGGGAGGAAGAUCCGCCUGGUGGAGGAAAAGUCUCGCCGCCGACGCUCCUACUCUGGCAGUCGCUCCAGGUCUCGCAGCAGACGUCGCUCUCGUAGCAGGAGCCGCAGGAGCAGUCGCUCCAGGAGUAACUCCAGAUCCCACUCCCGAUCCCAUUCUCGCAGCAAGCGACGCCACUCCAAGUCUGGAAGGAAGUCUCGUUCCCGCUCUCGCACCCGCAAAUCCAGAUCUCGUUCCAACAAAAGCAAGUCCCGUUCCAAGAGCUGCUCCAAGGUGAAAUCCGAGCGGGAUUCCCGCAGCCGCUCCAAGGAGAAGUCGGCCAAAAAGAAGUCCCGUAGCCGCUCGGCGUCUCCCGUGGAAAAUGGGAAGGAGGAGCGUUCCUCUCGCUCCCCUUCCCCAGCAGCUGACUGUCGCUCCAAGUCUCCGGACAAGCGCUCAGUCUCCCGCUCCAAAUCCAGGUCUAGAUCAGCUUCCCGAGAUUAAAGGCUCCACAUGUUCCCAUUUGAGCAACUGGUGAUUUAGGACCAGCUCCUAUUUGAUUUGACAGAUCAAUCGACGGCACCAGGUGCAUCAAGGCAUGCUCAGUCUUAAUCAGUGCUAUCCUUGACACUUAAAAAAUCGGAACUACUAUCUUGACGUAUUAUACAUGGCAUGAGAAUGAUUUAAUCAUGUUUAUUGUGGGGGAGUGAGCAUCGUAGAUUACAGCUAUUGAUCCGUUUUGUAUUAAUUGUACAUAGAGGAGCUUGUCUGAAGGGCUUUGUAUUUAAAACAAGCCAGGCCUUUUCUUUAAUAUCCAUUUUAGUUCUUGUUCGUAUUUCUUCGUCUGCUUUUGCUUACCUCAGGGUGGUGUUUUGAGUUGAUUUUUCAUUUUCAUGAUAGGAGUCAUUUCACCUAUUGAGCCCCCCUCAAGAUGUAAUGUAUGUGCGCCUACAAUUUGUAGAUGAGCAGAUUUUUGGCAUUGUAUGAACAGGUUUACCAGGGAUGGUGGUAAAGAUUACACUCUCUCCACAUAAGAAGCCGUUCUGAUUACAUGUAACAUGCCCAUUUUUUUUAUUGUACAUUUAAUAAAAAGUUCAUAUGAAA